CGGGGUGUGGCAGAGCGUCGCGCAGCUAGCUUCGUGAGGGAGACAGGUCUGGGAGGUCUGUUCAGCCUGGGUGUUCGCGUCUCUUAUUUAGAAAUUGGGGGGAAGGGGAGAGGGAAGGGAAGUUGUCAGAAGCAAGAGGGGAGCCUGCGAGGACUGGCUGAGGCUGGGGAAGAAGGAAAGUCGUUCUGGAGGGGUGGAGUUCGAGUGCGAAGAGAGGUGGUAGCAGCAGGACGGAGAGAAAAGCUGACUGCUAGGUAGAGCAGAGGUCCGUCGGUGGAGGAGCAGGCAGGCGUGAGUUGGUCCCCUCCCAGCAGUGUGGAGGACCUUCGAAGGCCAUGGCGGCGGCAGGGCCCAUAGGUGGUGGCCUCCUGAACCCCGUGGCCACCCUCCACGAGGAGGCUGUCUGUGCGAUCUGCCUGGACUACUUCACGGACCCGGUGUCCAUCGGAUGCGGCCACAACUUCUGCCGCGUGUGCAUCACUCAGUUGUGGGGUGCCGCUGCCGAGGACAGCCCAGAUGAGGAAGAUGAAGGCGAAGAUGAUGGAGGAGCGUCUGGCUCCGAUGGUGACUACAGGCCUGGUUCUGAGGAGGCGGUGGAUGAUGGAGGGAUAGACGACUUGGGACCGGAGGAAGAUGGUGAUGAUGAGGAUGAUUUAGAGGAGUACCUGGAUGGUGGGGACAUGGUUGAGGAAGAAGACGACGACGAUGCAUCUCGGGAUGGGUAUGAUGAAGAUGAUGAGAUCGCGUGGGAUGAAGAAGUCAACGGAGACUUUUGGGACCAGGAUCCUGGGUCGGAUGAGACGUGGGAGGAUGCCAUGGGGGGUGACCUGUUCUUUGAUAAUUACAAUGAGGAGGAGGAAGUGAUGGAGGAUGAAGCAGUGGAGGACGAGGCAGACUCCCCUCUUACUCCACCACCGCGCCAGUCUUUCACCUGCCCACAGUGCCGCAAAACCUUUCCUCACCGCAACUUCCGUCCCAACCUUCAGCUGGCGAACAUGGUGCAGAUCAUCCGCCAGAUGCAUCCUCAGCCCUUCAAGAGCACAACCCCUCCAGCUGAGGUGGUGGAGUUGGCGGCGGCAGGGGAUGCGUUGGGAGUGUCAUCGGCCUUGGCAGCGGGCAGAGGUGUGCGAGGUGAGCGCGUCUUGUGUGAGAAGCACCAGGAGCCCCUCAAGCUUUUCUGUGAGGCGGAUGAGGAGCCGAUCUGUGUGGUGUGCAGGGAAUCGCACAGCCAUAAGCACCAUAAUGUCGUGCCUCUUGAGGAAAUUGUGGAAGAAUACAAGGCUAAGCUCCAGAGUCACUUGGAUCCACUGAAGAAGAAACUGGAGACAGUUCUGAAGCAGAAGUCGAGUGAACAGGAGAAAGUAGCUGAACUCAGAAACAAGAUGAAGCUGGAUAUGAAAGAGUUUGAGUCAGACUUUGAGCGGCUACACCAGUUCCUUGUGGGGGAGCAGGCACAGCUGCUGCAUCAGCUAGAGGAUCGUUACGACAUUCUACUAGCCCGCCAGAAUAGUAAUGUUACUCACCUGGAGGAGCAGUGUGCUGCGCUCAGCCGCCUCAUUGCAGAAGCUGAAGACAAGAGCAAGCAGGAUGGUCUGCAGCUGCUCAAGGAUUUCAAAGGCACCUUAGUCAGGUGUGAGAACAUAAAAUUUCAGGAUCCUGAGAUGGUGCCAGUGGACACAGGAAAGAAAUAUCGGAACUAUUUCCUUGUGGACACCCUGAUGAGGAAGAUGGAGAAAGUCUUCUGCAAAGUCCCUCAAGUCGAUUUGACCCUGGACCCGGAGACAGCCCAUCCACGCCUCACCCUUUCCUCAGACUGCCGCAGUGUCCGACUCGGGGAACAUUGGCGAGAUGUGCCUGACACUCCCAAACGCUUCAACUCCGACUACUGCGUGCUGGCUUUGAAGGGCUUCACCUGGGGCCGCCACUGUUGGGAAGUGGAGGUGAGUGGUGGGUGGGGUUGGGCCGUGGGGGCGGCCCGUGAAACAGCCAGACGCAAAGAGAAGUCCAGCAGAGGACCCCACCUGAAGCGGGAGAUCUGGUGCGUGGGGACCAAUGGGAAGAAAUACCAGGCUCUGACAACCACCGAGGAAACGUCCCUCUCUCCAUCAGAGAAGCUCCGGCGCUUUUGUGUCUACCUGGACUAUGAGCGGGGCCAGCUGAGCUUCUACAAUGCCGAGAGCAUGACCCACAUCCACACUUUCAAUGCCUCUUUCCAUGAGCGCAUUUUCCCUUUCUUCCGCAUCCUUUCCAAGGGCACCCGCAUCAAACUCUGCAAUUGAUGGUGUCAUUGCUGCUGCUGUUGCAUAUAACUAGAUGCUAUCACCACCCUAGCCUCUUGUAGGCACAAACUCUCCUGUCCUCUUAUUCACCCCUGGUACAGGAUUCAUGCUCCUUUCCACCCUUAGAGCUUGGUGGAUUCCUAUCCUGAUGUGAAUCCAAUUUGGCAAGGACUCAUCUUCCUUCUUCCAAAGGGCCAUUAUUUCCCAGCUGUGUUUUGGUGUGGCUCUGCCCAGGCUAUUGAUCCAAUUUUCUUUUCCUCCUUUGGAAAUCUGGUUGUGGCUCAAAUGCAUCCAAGAACCUCUCUUCCUUUGCCUUUUGGGGUUCUGCUGUGAGCAGGCUUUACUGGCUGGGACCUUCCUCUUUUUCUCCAAGGUCUCUGUAUCCUUGAUUACCCCACCCCCUUUCUUUCUCCAAAAGCUUGUGAAUUGAGCCUUACCUAGCAGGCAGUCCCUCAAUUUCAUUUUUUUUGCGGGGGAGGGGGGAGGGAAAGGAAAUUUUGGGCACAACCUUAGGACUGCUGUUUCCCAGCUGUUCUAAAGCUGUUUGACUAUCAUAGAUUUCUUGCAAUCCCUAACUUUUGGUGUCCCAGCAAUAUGCCUGGUAUCAGCAUGUCCUUAGAACUGCUUUCCCAGCAUGAAUUUGACGUAGUUCUGUCUGGUCCCAGGACACCACCAAGUGUCAGAAAAUCAGUUCAAGGUGACAGUCUACGUUUUAAAUACAGCUUUUAGAGAAGUGUUGUGCCUGGGUUUUUGAUCUGGGGUGGUUUUUCCCAUUCUAAUUGCUCCAGUGCCUGACUUCUUCUUUUCUAAGACAGGCUAACUUCUCUUAUUCUUUACUACCAUCAGGUGUUUUUCACAGCCAUCAGUCCCAUCCCACUACUCCAUGUGUGAGCUGAUGUAAUGUCCUCACUGUCUGUUUUCCUUUCUUUGCUGUUAUUUUCUCUCUCUUCUGCCUAAAUUAUAAGCAUUUAUAGCUGUUACCAGUGUGUGAUUUACAAGUUAUCUAUUUCAGCCAAUGGCAAGUCCAAGUGGACAGGGUCUUCUCUUAGAAGCUGCUGGAUGACCAUGGCUACCAGAAUGAGUGUGCCCCACCGUGAAGCUUUGGUGGUGGGACUCCAUCACUGCUGCCCUCACCUUCACCCUACCCCUGAGGUUUAGGUGACUUAUUUUAAACUUCUUGCCUUCCUGUAAUUUCACACACUUGCAACUGAAUUCUUCUACUCUCCCACUCCUCAAACCACCCAGGGAUUUAACUGCAUUAGCUGUGUGUGUGUUUUGGUUCUUUCUGGCAUUACAGAGCUCCUUUUGAACUAUUUUUGGCUAAAAAGAGACUUAAAAUGGAAUUUAGUUUUUUGGGGAUAAAAACCUGAGAAUAAAUGAAAGUUGUACAAGUUAA